CUCGCUGCCCCGCGACCCACAAGCCAGGCUGGAGCAGUAGAGAGGGCGGCCUCCCACCGCCUAGAGGCGCCGUCCCACUCGCCGUCCGCUCUGCUCGUGCGGCGUCUCUAUGGAGGCCCCAACGGUUGUCCCGGGCGCCGGGGAGAUGAGCGCGGUCGCGGCGCGGUCCCGAGAGGGCAGUCCCGAGGAGGAUGGCUUCGGCCCAUCGGCGCUGGGAACUCGAGAGCAUUGGGAUGCUGUCUAUGAAAGAGAACUACAUACUUUCCAAGAAUAUGGAGAUGCAGGAGAAAUCUGGUUUGGAGAAGAGAGUAUGAGUCGAUUAAUAAGGUGGAUGGAAAAACAGAAGAUCCCAUUGGAUGCUUCAAUACUUGAUAUUGGAACUGGAAAUGGUGUUUUCCUGGUUGAACUUGCAAAGUUUGGUUUCUCUAAUAUUACUGGAAUCGAUUACUCUCCUUCUGCAAUACAACUUUCUGGAAGUAUUAUAGAGAGAGAAGGUUUAUCUAACAUUAAGUUGAAGGUAGAAGACUUUUUGAAUCUUUCCACAAAGCUGUCUGGAUUUCAUAUUUGUAUUGACAAAGGGACUUUUGAUGCCAUAAGCCUUAAUCCUGACAAUGCAGUAGAGAAGAGGAAGCAAUAUGUGAAAUCUCUCUCCAGGGUGUUGACAGUAAAAGGCUUUUUUCUAAUAACCUCAUGUAAUUGGACCAAGGAAGAGUUAGUAAAUGAGUUCAGUGAAGAACUGUUGAGGCCACGUGUCAAUCGUCUUUCCCCCUUCCUGAAGCCUGACAGUUUUAAUAAAUGCUCCAAGUUACACUGCAUAGGGAUUUGAACUUUGUGAAGAACUGCCAACACCCAGGUUCAGCUUUGGCGGCAGAUCUGGAAGCAGCGUAGCAGCAUUGGUUUUCCAAAAAACCUGAGGCUCCUCCUUGGGCAAAUUCAGUCAGCUUUUUAAAGAAGCUGCACAUCACAGUAAACCUGACACAGAAAGUGCCAGUGCAGAUAAUCGCUUAGUAAGUACUCAGGAUGCACACGUUAAAUGGCUAUAAUGGGAUGUAAAAAAUCAUGAGCAUGGAAGCGGUGGGGUUUUAGAGAUCACAAAAGAUAAUUUUUUAUUUGUAUUUGAAGUGUAAAUAUUUUUGAUUUAAAAAAAUGUAAUUGUGGAACACUUUAAAACAGUAAAUGAGUUUACAGAAAGCGUGUAUUCUUGAUUUUUGUGCCUUAGUAAAGUUGAGUAUAGUUAUUUAUAAGGACUUGACCAAACUAUUGCAGGGCCAGAAUAAUAUGCAAAACAACUUUCUUAGUGUUUCGUUAGACUAUUUAUGAAACGUAAUAAGAAAUACUGUUUUGGGUUAAAUAUUGGUAAUAGUGCUUAUUUUUUAAAAUUAUAUUUGACAUUUGGGAAAACCCUCUGGCCUUCAAGUCCAUAAUUAAGCAAAAUCAAAGAAAUGUAUCAGUUGAUCAAGAAAUAUUUACUUAGCCUGUAUUGUGUGGCUGAUGGUCUUCUACUCACUUUGAGGGAUAAGCUGGAAACAGAAGGAAAGAGAACUAGCAGAUGGUGCUGUACGCUGGCACCAUGUUAGGUUAUAUUCUUUACUAAAUCAUUGAAUCCUUCCAAUGUCUCUUUGAAGUCUGUUUUACUUAUUCUUGUUCUACGUAUAAGAAAACUGAGGCUGAGAGAAGCGAAGUCACUUCUACAAGGUCAAACAGCUGGUUUAGGAUGGAACCAGGAUUCCUAUCUGGGUCUCUGGCUCUAAAACCUGUAGCAUAUUCUGCCUCUCAGGUGCUGAGUUUCUGUCUUUACGGCAUUUACAGUUCAGCUGGGGAGCUCUAGGACUGGUACCUGGAACAUUCGGUUAGAGAAGUUGGGUGGUUAUUUUCAGGACCCAUGCAGAGCUUUGUUAGUGACAGUGUUGGCUUGUCAGCUAACUCAUGUCAUCCUUCAUGGCCUUUCACCUUCUCCUACCUGUCUUAAAAGACUUGCCUACACCAGAAUAUGAAGAACUGAAUUGUGCCGUUCUUCUGUGAAAGGAUGGUGGAAGUUAUAUAAGCCCUCGGGGUAUGGGAGCAAAGAUGUUCUAAUGAGCUAAUUAGCAGUAGAAACAAUUUAUUUAUUAACAUUCUGGAAAAGAUAAGGUUUAUUAGUACAUAAUACCACCUUGCGUUUGGGCCAGUAUCUUAAUAUUGGAAUCACAAUAUGAACUUUAAAAAAAAGUCAUACAAUUCUUAUGGUUUUCAGCUUUUUAAGCCUAUUGGGUUACAUCAUCAAAGUAACAGAAUUUUGUUUAUUUGG